GCCGAGGAAACAGUCGCCGUGAGACUUGAGGUUGAUUCGCCGACGCUUCACAGUCACGGAGGACCGGAGGUGGGAGAUGAGGCCGCUCCACACGCACGAGGACUGCGCCGGUCUGCUGGCGGCUCCACGCGCUGCAACGAGGGUCAGAGGAGGUCGCGUUGGAGCAGCAGAGGCCCGCUGGGACCUUGGCCUGCUCUGCAACAACUCGAUGGAUCUCCGCGUUGACUCCGGGACCCUCCCCGCGCACACCGCCGUAGGAAGCACUGCGAUGGAGGAGGAGCUGUCUCUGUCUAACGCUCGCUGUCAAACACAGGGUGGAGGCACCAUCUUGCUGCAGUUGCUGGAAUUUAAAACCCAUCUACUUGAGACUUUCGAGGAGCUGCACAUCCGGAGGGAUGCAGAGGCGCGCUUUGAGGAUCAGAUCAGUAAACUGGUGUUGGAGAAACAGGAGCUGGAGUGGGAGACGGAGUCCCUGCAACAUCAAAUGGAAAUGUUGUCAAACCAGCACUCAGAGUCACUGGUCAGUGUUAAGAAGCAGCUUCAGGCCAACAUAACAAACAUUGAGGAGGAAAAGGGGAAGUACCAGAUCAGUGCUGAGUUAAAAGACAAGGAGAUAAACAACCUGAAAGAGAAGCUGAAGUCGCUACAGUUACUGAAGUACAACUUGGAGAAGAGAUCCAAUGAGCUGGGGCAGAAAUUGACCUUGCAGAGCCGGACAAAGGAAAGCCACUUGAAUCAGAUGGGCGAGGUGGAGAAACGCUUCAGCGCUCUCUCCAGGCAGUGUGCCAUGGUCAAGCAGGCCCACGAGAAACUAGAACAAAACGUGGAGGAGGCCUUGAAAAUAAUAAAGAAGCUGACUGCCGCAAAUGAAAAACAAGAAGCCACCAUUGCGUCACUGACGAAGGAGUUGGAGGAGAUCAGUCACGAGCUGAUCAAGGCCAAGAUGACGUCAGUCAGACGGGACGAGGCCCGCGGUGCCGCAGGCAGAGAGCAGCACUGCGAGCAGCUGCACCACCAACUGAACCUGGAAACUGAAAUGAACAAAAAACUCUGUGAGGAAAAUGUGGCUGUGAGAGCAGAAAAGCUGGAACUGAUGAGCUGUCUGCAGCACACGCAGCAGCUUCUGCUGAGUCAGACGCAGACGGUGCGCAGGGUGGAGCAGCAGCUGCACACUCUGAGGGAGCAGCACCAGGCCCUUAAGCGAGAACAGAGGGCGAUGAGAGAGAGGAGCCAGGCGGCGGAAGACGAGGUGGCUCGACUGAUGGAGAGCGACGGCGCGUCCAAGCACAGCUGGGACAAAGAGAAGGCGGUGUUUCUGGAACGCAUCGAGGGCGAGCAGCAGCAGCUUCGCGCGGUGAAGGAGGCUCACGAGGAGCUCCGUCGGGAACACGCCGAACUGUCCUCGCAGGCCAAAGUGCAUGCUCAGCAUAUAUGUGAAUCGCAGAUGAGUGGCGGCGUUCCUCCAGAGGGCAUCAGAUGGAAGGGAACUCUUAACGAACCCGUGUUUGGCAGUCUGCAGCACUUGGCCUCCUCUCACACACACAGUCCAGACCGUCUGGAGGACAUGAGGGUCGCGGCUGAGCGAGAUGCCACUGGAGCAUCUGGAGAAUCAACCGUUCUAAGCUACGGCCAUGUGUCUGUCGAUGGAUCCUCAGGCUGGAUGAGCUUAGGACAGAGUGAUGAACGGACCGGAGGGACGGGGGAGAGGGAGCAGAGCUGGAAAGACGAUGCGGGACAGGUAGAAAACGACAGAGACGAGGGAGAAGGACACCAGGAGCUGCAAUUGAACGGAGAGCGACACGAUGCGAAGGAAGGAGGCAGCGUAGGGGCUCAAGCUGCAGACGGAGUAGAGGAGAUCCUCGGGUCAGGGCAGGAACCCGAACGGCCUGAAACAGGAACAACAGGGACGUGCUUGGUGGGGGAGGGAGGAAAGACAAGGUGGCAGGCAGCAGAAACCCCGCUAGCGGCCCAGACGCCCGCCGGUAGGACCACAGGCCAGAGCGCCGCGCAGCAGGUUGACGACCUCCCGGCCGACUGCGGCGCGGAGUCCGACUCCAGCCGCCCGGGUGAACGAUACGAGACGCCCUCGGCCCUGUGCUGCUCCGAUCGGGGGCCAAACCGCGUCGUCCGAGAGGGGCAAAGCCUUCGGUGUGAUGAGGUCAUCCCCUUUGCCAAGUCAGUUACUCCGAUUUAUCUCGUUAGAGAGAAAACGGAAGCCGAUUUGUCAACCAAACUUUCUGGACCUCCGAAUCAGUCUGACGUUUGCAGCUCACAGAUCGACGGCGCAUCAGCGGCUCAGUCGGACGGUGGUAGUCUCCCCAAGUCAGGGACAACACAACCUCAACCAGGUGAUCCUUCAGACAUCAGGCAAACCGCUGCAGAACCCUACGAACUGAGUGGUCAGCUGACCUCCCCGUGGGCCGAUGACGACGGUGGUACAGGGGCCCUCACGGACAGGGAGGGUCAGUCAAGCGUUGACGCACGAGAAAAUGAAAACAGCGAGAAGGACGACUGUGCCGACGCAGCGAUGGACACUGCCGACCUUGAGACUGGCAGCAGUCCGGAGCAAAUGGCGACCAACGAAAUGGACGAUGCCGGAGAGGCGAUGACGAGCACAGCCGGCGCACAGCCGUCAGUCCGCCCACGUCAGCAGGGCGAUGCGUCGCUGGAGGCUGCCGCCGCGGAAAGCUACGACUGCUCUCCUGCCAAAGAGACGCCGGACGGUGGUACAAACCAGUCCCCUCUGCUCGGGUCGUCAUCUGCCCAGAGAAGAGCGGAGCUCUCCACAGAUGAGGCACAUGCGUCCUUCCUGCAUCCGUUUGUUCAGCGGCGUGUAUGCACGAUACCUGCGUUCCUCAAAAGCAAGCCCGACAAAGUCCCCUUUGAGGUUACCAGAGCGUCGGCUCUGCUGGGGGCCUCCGGCGUCUCUGGGUCCGUCGCUUCCUCACCGAGGCGCCCGGGAGAGACAGCGGCGGCAGACCCGGAGAGCAGAGCUUCGGUGUCCGCCGCUUCUUUUCCAGUUAGCAGACUCACCAGAUCCAGAUCAGGGUGUAGCAGAGAUCCGAACUCAGCUGAAGGGCCCGAGUCCGAGUCCGACAGAGAGUCCCUCUGCUCCCAGGAGAGGGAGGACCAACAGUCAUCGUUCAGAGCCCAGAUCUCCAAAAUCGAGCAGUUCCUCAACACGGAGAAGCUGCGCCUACCCAAAAGAAGAAGAACUGAUGACUAAAGGAUUAGCACUCCGUAUCACCCUGUGCCGUCUAGUUGCUUUCACAUCCACUAGAACUGCUUGUUAUUGAGAUAAGAACCAUAGAUGUGAAAAAAGAUUGUUCGGUUUUGGGCUUAAAUCAUUGCCUGUUCACAGUAAUGUUACAAAAGCAUGCAUCCAUUUAAGUGGAAACGGGUCCUUUCAUUCAUCGCCAUCGUGCAAGAGAACAGGGCAGUGAGUUUUCCAUUGGAUUUUUAGUUCUGUUGCUAAAGAUGUUAUGUUAACAUGCAGUUGUGUGUGUGUGUUGCAACAGAUGCCUUGUCAUAUUAACAAAAAUAAAAUAUUUGGCUUACAUUUG